UCCGUCACCCCGACUCCCCGCCCACUUCCGGAAGUGAUGCACGGUGGGGUUGCCGGAAGAAGUGGCGAAGUUACUUUUGAGGGGAUCCGAGUCGCGGCAGCGCACCAGGGGAUACAGAGGAGGAGGAAGAGAAGCAGAUCAAGUGGACGAAAACAGCUCGCGCCGCCCCCCGGCUGUUUCCAGGGCAACGGAAUAGGAGACCCCGCGAGAGGCGGCUCACGAGACCCUCGCGCAGCCAUGAGCCCCGCCCCCCACUGGUGUUCGGAAAGGGGCGGGACCUGGAGAGAGGCUGCUCCGUGACGCACCAUGUCCACCCCCACCACGAGUUCCCUGGACACUCCCUUGCCUGGAAAUGCCCCCCCUCAGCCCAGCACCCCAUCUUCUUCACCUGAUGGAAAGGAGGAUGGGCUGGGAGGGGCAGACCCUGAUGUCCCAGGCACUGAUGGAGCCAGCUCAGCCUCCAUCGUGGUCAUCCUAGACCCAGCAGAGGAGCCGGAGCGCAAGCGAAAGAAGGGCCCAGCUCCAAAGAUGCUGGGCGAUGAGCUGUGCCAAGUGUGUGGGGACACAGCCUCCGGCUUCCACUACAACGUGCUCAGCUGUGAAGGCUGCAAGGGCUUUUUCCGGCGCAGUGUCAUCCGAGGUGGGGCCGGGCGCUACGCCUGCCGGGGUGGCGGAACCUGCCAGAUGGACGCCUUCAUGCGGCGCAAGUGUCAGCAGUGCCGGCUGCGAAAAUGCAAGGAGGCCGGGAUGAGGGAGCAGUGUGUCCUCUCCAAAGAACAGAUCCGGAAGAAGAAGAUUCGGAAGCAGCAGCAGCAGCAGCAGCAGCAACAGCAGCAGCAGUCUCCCCUGCCAGGGCCGGGAGUCAGCAGCAGCUCAGCCUCCGGGCCUGGGGCCUCCCCUGGAGGGUCCGACGGGGGUGGCCAGGGCACCGGAGAAGGUGAAGGUGUCCAGUUAACAGCCGCUCAGGAACUAAUGAUCCAGCAGUUGGUGGCGGCCCAGCUGCAGUGCAAUAAACGCUCCUUCUCUGACCAGCCCAAAGUCACGCCCUGGCCCAUGGGCGCAGACCCCCAGUCCCGCGAUGCUCGCCAGCAGCGUUUCGCCCACUUCACGGAACUGGCCAUCAUCUCAGUCCAGGAGAUCGUGGACUUCGCCAAGCAGGUUCCUGGCUUCCUGCAGCUGGGUCGCGAGGACCAGAUUGCCCUCCUGAAGGCAUCUACCAUUGAGAUCAUGCUGCUGGAGACAGCCAGACGCUACAACCACGAGACAGAGUGCAUCACUUUCCUGAAGGACUUCACCUACAGCAAGGAUGACUUCCACCGCGCGGGCCUGCAGGUGGAAUUCAUCAACCCCAUCUUCGAGUUCUCCCGGGCCAUGAGGCGGCUGGGCCUGGACGACGCCGAGUACGCCCUCCUCAUCGCCAUCAACAUCUUCUCGGCCGACCGGCCCAACGUGCAGGAGCCGAGCCGAGUCGAGGCCCUGCAGCAGCCCUACGUGGACGCGCUGCUCUCCUACACCCGCAUCAAGAGGCCCCAGGACCAGCUGCGCUUCCCCCGGAUGCUGAUGAAGCUCGUGAGCCUGCGUACGCUCAGCUCCGUGCACUCGGAGCAGGUCUUCGCCCUGCGGCUCCAGGACAAGAAGCUACCGCCUUUGCUGUCUGAGAUCUGGGACGUCCACGAGUGAGGGGCCCAGCCACACUGCCCCAGCACCCUGCACCCUCCAAUGAACGGACACUGGGGUGGGAAGGGGCCGGGCCUGGGGUCCCACCUUCGGGCUUGGAGCAAGGCCCCUGCCCCACCAACCCUCAGCCCUCAGGAUGAGCCCCAGUCAGGGUCCAGGAGCCCCUCUCUCUGCCUA